UGGCUCGCGGUUCCGCGGAGCGGGGGCGGCGGCGACGAAGUGGAAGGCAACUAGGAGGCACCGACAGUAGCUCCCAGACAGUGACUCCGCGCGUAACGGACAUGUAACCGGUGGAUAGAGCUCGCAGUGUUAUGUCAUCGGUGACAAUCCCUGGACACUCGGUAGCGGAGCAACAACAAUCGCCGCAGGGUCAAGGAUAACAGUGUUGUUCAACCUGAAAAAUCGAAAUCCCCCCCCCUCCCUUGCCCUAGAAAAAAAACCAAGCCACCAAAAAAUCUGCGCGAACCACCGGAUAAAAAAGCAGCCGCCCGAAGUAUCAGCGCGAGCACCCGGAGCGGAGGUGGUCGAAAGUGGAGAAGAAUUUGUCGGAUAAGAGAGGUGCCGGGAUACGGCAGGAACGUCGCAACCACCGCACCAGUUGAAAGAGGGAGGGACAGUGGAGAGACCACGGUGGAGAGAGAAGCGGAUGGUUCGAGAGAAGCUCGAUGGGUCGAACAUACUCAGUGCUGCCAGCCGUAAGCUCGACGGAGUCGACGCCGCAAGCUCGAUGCAAAUCGACGUUGUAGAUGCCCCGAUGGAAAUCGACAGUCGGUGGUGAUCUUCCGCUGCUCCCGCCGCCAGUAUCGUGUCACGGUUCGAUAGCCGGAUGAGCGUCGACGACCUCCGGUAUCGACGAACCACCUUGGCGACCACCAGCGGAACUAUCUCCGCCGGAACCACGAGCCCCGCUGCGACCGGUGUCGACGAACUCUUGGAACACGUGUGCGGGGUUCUGCUCUCCCAUCGCCGGGUCAGAUAAGAGCCGGUGGCCAGGUAGAGCAGAGGUGACAACGAAGACGUCGUCGGCAACGACGGGAGCGUCCGCAAAGAAUAGAACAGCGUGUGGUCCCCGUGUGUGUCCGGUGCGGCUAGCUCGCGGAAGUGCUGGGUCAACAAUGUCAAUGCCCCUAAGAUCGAUCGUUGCUUGCUCGAAACCGACCAGUUUGUUAAUGGACGGUGAGAAAUUGAGUUCGGGGUGAGCCCGGUACUGCUUCCAGCUAAUUACUUAGUCGAUGAAGCCGUGCGCCACGAGGAUAUCGCCGGACGAACGUUCGGAGAAUGUAAUCGCGAUCGAGAGGACUGUCUAUUGCGAGCCACGUAGCGUCGAUUCUUUAUGUACGGGGAAUAGUUGAGACGAUAGCGGCCGAAGGCACGGUGUCGGUUCAUCGACUGGCUGGAGCGAAUAUUCUACGCGGUUGGAGGGGUGGAAAUCGUUGGUAGAAGAAGAGAGAGUCGUCUCGGUGGACGAGUGGCAGAAUAAUAACAACUCGUUGGAUGGAGUGAUGAGCGGGGCCCCUGCACGGGGCACAGCGCCCCGUCGUCAAAGACGUCAUCAUCAUCACCACCACCACCACCAUCACCACCAUCAUCAUCAGAAACACCAGAAGCAGCAGCCGCGGGAGGAGGAGUCCGAGGACCAGGCGGAGGAGAAACGGCCGAAAGUGAAUCCGAUCUUCCUGUGGGCCUCUCAACGCGAGCAAAGGAUCGUGGAGGUAAGAUGCGAGGACUACGACAAGAGGAACCGUAUCAAGCUGACGAAGACGGCGCAGGGAUGGCGUUCGAUACCGAGGACAGCUUCGAACAUGUACUCGACACGGUUAGGUGGUUCCUUCCAGAAAACAGCCGGCUCGAGCCCUUCGAACACGUCCGACACAAGCGACGGAAAAGGGGCCGCGAAACAGUCGGAGCACGUGGCGAUCAAUCUUCAACAUAUCUCCGCGAAAGAGCUGUCGAACGGACGGCCAAACGGCGUGGUUGCGGCGGACGCUGCCGGCAGGAAGAGGAGUUACGAUGAAAUUAAUCGGAACGGCGAGCAUCGGCGAGAUUACGGGUUCCAGUUGAAUAAUUUGCGGAAUAAUGCGAGAGUCGGUGCAGCGUGGGACGAGAAGCGUCGGAGGGUGCUAUGCUCCGAUGACGACGAGAAGGAAGACGACGACGAGGACGACGAGGAGGAGGAGGACGAAGAGGACGACGAAGAGGACGACGAGGAUGACGAAGAGGACGAUGACGAGGAGGAAGACGAGGACGAGGCGGAGGAGGAGAAUAGAUUCGAGAAAGAGUCGGCGGUUGGACGUGGGAGAAGUAAGCUCGAAAGGCUGCAGAAGGACAAGCUGCUGCAGCCGCGAGUGGUGCUGGAGCAGCUACACUUCUCUCAAUUGCCCGAGGGCGUUCAUCAGAAUAUCCUUCAGAGUCAAGGAAACGACGAGAAGGGGCAGAACGAGGAUGAUGUUAUCGCCGCUGAAAAGAAGACGGCGGUGGAUUGUGAAAAACGACGGCACAUGAACAAGCCGGGCAUUCAGGACAUACUGAACAUGAUAGACGCGACUGCCUCGCCGGUUCUAGCUGCCGACACUCCUAGCGCCGAUCUACCGGUCGACUCCACGAAAACGUACGAGGUUCUCAACGAGAAUCUCCACGUGAAAUCGUCGGAUAGUAAAAUCGGCGACUCGAACUCGAUCUUGAUGGAGUUGGCGAACAAGACGAACGAUCGUCAGUCGAGAACGAACGUGAUCUCCGGAUAUCACCGCAAGGACGCCGACAAGCUCGACGAGAAUCUCGCGGAUGAUAAAAUAGAGAUACACGAGGAGAAGAUUUUGGGAAGCUACGGAGAGAGCGAGGAGGAGAAGAACCGUCAGCUGAAGGAGGACGUGAUCAUCGUCUCGAUAAAGAACUCGGACACGAAGAUGUGCAAGGUCGCGGAGGCGGACGGUGGUCUCGAAAGCAGAUCAAAGUGUCGAUCAAACUCUCGCGUUAAGUAUCAAAACAGGGUGUCGAUGUACGACGACACGCCUCUGGAAGUGGAGGAGGAGCGGCCGGACGAGCCUGGAGAACCGAUCAAACUAGACUAUAACGACAGUUCGAAGAUUCUGAACGCGCUCAGGAAUACUCCGGGUCUCUCGGUGUCUAUAACGAGGACCCACGCGUCGGAGGGUUCGAAGAGCAACAACGCGGCCCCGUCGGCGAGGCCAGCCUCGAAAGCGUCGUCGUCGAGCAGAUCGCCGGAUUCGCAAGCGGAGUGCGUCGAGAGGAUGUUGAAAACCGCGGAUUCAGCGACGGAGACACAAAGGACCGCCUCCUCUUCGAAAAACCUUCCCGGCUUGUCCAUCAUCAUACCGAGCUACCGCUAUAGAAAUCCUCACGUGUCGGCGACGCAUUCGAUCUCGCCGAACAUGAAAGCGCGCGUCGAGUCUCCGGAGAGCACUGUGAACUUCGCGAAAACCGAAUCGUACCCGGACGAGUCGAAAUUGGACGGUUUCCCGCACGAGGAGGAGCACGAUGAAAGAGACAUGGAGGAGGACGAGGACGACUGCGACUCCCAAGUGCUGGAAGAUCUGAGGCGGCAGAAAGCGGACUCGUUAGCCUACGAGUCCGACAGGGAUUACUUCCACCGGCAGAACACGGGGAACUCGGACGAUCGAAAGACACCUUUAGAGAACACGAAAAACCAGGCCCACUGGAUCAGUUCGAGCAGGAACAGCGAGGCUCAAGCGAAAUGCAAAUAUCAGGAUGUAGAACAUUUUGACGAGCAGGUGCUCGAGGAACUCCGAACCCGUGGCACGGUUGUGUCGCCGCAGCCGAGUGGAAUUCCGUGUUCCCCAGCUUCCAGGAGGCCCUCGUCCGCCUACCUCGAGAGGCUGCUGCCUAGUCCUCCUUGUUCGGUGUCCUGUUCGGAAGACGCGAAGAACGACAUCACUCUGAAGGGUAUCCUGUCGUCGCCGAACCAAUUGGAGGCCAGGGAGUACGAGAAGCAGAAGGAGAACUCGAAUCGCUGUGAUCAAGUACCUAGUGAGCAUCACGUUGUGCGGCCGGACCAACUGAUGGACAUCGAAAGGACUAGCUUGCGGAAGAGGAGCAGGAACCUCCAAGAGCGGACGUCCGUGCACAGCCAGGAGAUCCGCAGCUCCGGCAGACCGUUGUCCAGCGGCGAUAUCCACAGCACGUAUCUCGCGGCUGAUCGCGGCAUCGCGAAGAGGCCGAUGUCCGCUGAAUGGACGGUCGGCAGGCAGAGGAAUCAGCCGAGUCCUUAUCAAAAGUUCUGUGGGAAGCAUCGAGCGCCGACUUUGGAGGAGGCUUGCGCCACGUCCAGCAGCACGGACAAGCUUCUGGACCCUGCUAGUCAGCUCAGGGAGCUAAUCGAGACGUCCGGGCACCUGAUACCGGAGCCUCUCUUAGUGCCCAGGGAUUACUUGCCAGGCCUCGCCGCGGCGCCAGCUACCGAAAUCCCGAAAUUGCUGGCGUCCAGGCCGGAGCUCAGACUGCCGGAGGCGCUCGACAGGCCGGACCUCGUCAGGGACCCAGAUUUAUUGGUGAUAUCCCUGGCGCAUCUUCAACACGUCCUGGACCACGGCGAGGGACCAGUCGCCAGAUCGCGGUCGUCCCAUCAUCCGAGAAUCAACAACGGUACUAACAAAGGGUCCGGCCACGCGAGCACCGGACCGAGAAACGCCUCGUUGGCCAGACCGAAACUCAGCUGUAAACCGAUCGGCACGCUCAUGCCGGCGCCGAUCGAUCUGUCCAGCAGCCGACGAACCAGUCCCUAUCCGCCGUUGCUCAGGGUGCGAAGCGGAUUACUCAAGCAGGAACCGGAAGUGAGCUCCACGGCUAAUUCGCCCGAUGACUCGCAACUCUGGCAUCCUCUAUUCGGCAGUCAAAAGAGGCAACAACAACAGUAUCACCACCAACAGCAGCAGCAACAACAACAACAACAACAACAGCAGCAGCAACAGCAGCACCUUCAUCAGCAACAGCGUCAAAAUCAGCGUCAGCAUCAGCAUCAUCAUCAAAAUCAGCUUCAACAUCAGUAUCAAGAUCAGCAUCAGGGCCACAAUCAAAAUCAACAUCCGCGUCCACAUCCACAACCACAUGCGCAUCAACGCCAACAUCAGCACCAACAUCAGCAUCAACAUCAACAUCAACAUCAACAUCAGCACCAGCAUGCCUCCUGGCACAGGACCACUUUAGCAUCCUGACCACGGUAACCUUGACCCUGACCACAAGCCAAGUAUUAGUCGUGCUGUACAUGGAGAAAGGAUUUCCACUAGCCAAGAAUACGUAUCGGCGAGAUUCCUUUUGCGGUCCCGCCUCGAAAAGAAUCCUAAAAGUGCUAUCGCGACGAAGGGAACGCGGUGCGAGCCUGCAACCAGUGUUUCAACACACGCCGAGCAUCUAUUUCGCCGGCUUCCCCGUGAUUCUCUUCGUCAGAGCUCGUCCCUUUGAUCAUCUUUGACGCAUAGGUUCCUCUGUGCACCGUGGACACUCUGUCGAGUGAUUCUGCACUCUUCGUAAUUUCUUCUCUGAGAAGUUUCUAUCGCGAGUCCGUUUAUCGAGUCCCCCCCUUGUUGCUCGAUGCUACGAGGCUCUUUCGAACCUUGGAGAACUUUUAUCGCCGAAUUUUCGUCACUCUGUCUCACCGGUAAAAGGGCCCAGCCAUUUUGUUGUUUAACGCUUCGAUCGCACAGUCAUUUGCUUCGCUGUUACUGCGCCGUUCGAUUCAUAAACGAUCCCGUAAAAUCUGGCUCACUUUAAAUCCGUUGCAAAUCAGGUUAGUUGCUUUAUAAACGGGUCAUACAAUUUCGACGAGGUUGGAACCCGGGGAAAUUGCAAAGAGCGAUCAACGUGUGAACGGAAAAAACUAUUGUAGUAUUUCGUCGUAGACGCUAAGAACCCCCGUAUUUCUAAGAAUUUGUAAUCAUUAUAGACUGCGGAUUUUAUGCAUUCAUGGCAGAAAUGAGUAGAUCAGGCACAGAACACUGACGCUAUUACAAAAAUUUAAUAAUUCCAUUAUAUCAUAACUCGUUAAAAUGAUUGAAAACAUAACUAAACGUUCAUGCAGUUCCUGUUUCUCGCAACGGAUGUAGAACAUUUUUAUGUCGCAUAAAGAUCCGCAGUCUAGUAAUCAUCGACACCGAAUCUCAAGAACAUCUCACUCUUGUUAUUUAUAUUAAUUUACCGAUGUUCACAGCCGAAUUUUGAUUUUAACGGUGUGACUUGCGACGCGGGCAAAUGAUAUGUUGAAAUAUUCAACAACGAUCAACGCGUAGAUUUCGUAAUGUAGGAACAGUGAUAGAUAAUAUAUUAACAUAAAGACUCCGUAAGAAAUCCGUUCGGAUACGUUUAAGUUUCGUUUAUUACUGCAUAUAGAAAUUUGUUCUUCAAACAUUAUUCCAAUGUUAUUAAGUUUGCCUAUGAGUUGGUGCAUAAUUCUGCGAAUUAUUAGUCGAGAGAAUAAUUUUAUAGACAAUACGUUAUCCUUUAUUUUCAUGUUUUGAAUCUACAGGAAUGAAAGAUUAUGACUUCGGUGCAAUAGGCGGUCAUUUUUGCCGGUGGUCGAUAUUUUGUUGAACAUGGUUUUACACCUGCGGACGUAAUGCAAUGCCGGAGUGAACGUUCGAACGAUAAAGCUGGCAAAAAAGGCAAAAUUACGUGUAACGAACAGACUGCGGAUUUUAUGCAUUCAUGAGAAAGAAAUUCACAGUUGCAAUUUAAAGUAGUCGGAACAUUAGAAGAACUGAUGCGUAUCGACUCGCUGACGUUAUCAAUAAUUUCUAAGUGACUCAUGUUUCUUACGAGAAACGCACAACAUCUUCAUUUUGCACGAAAAUCCGCGGUCUAACGAUGAAGAAACGUCUCGUUGACAUUGAAUAAAAAGCACACGAAUUUGGAGAUCGAAAUUCUGCGAAUUCAUAUUAAUCGAGUAAAAACUAGAAGAACGAUCAGCUUGCGCAGGUUGCUGAGAGAUGUGACUCACUCGUUCCUUUUAAAAGAAGUAGAACAAUCCAGCGUAGUGAGUAGCAAAAGGUAUUUACCCGCAGACAAAUAGAGUGCUAAAACUCUGGUUAAGAUAAAGCGUGAAUUCCGAGCAGGGUGUAAAUAAAAAUCACGUAUUUCUCGUGCUGUGCGUAGUGCAAUUUAUCAUAAAUGGAUGCGUUUUCAUUGAUACCCGAUGCAACUUUGCGGCGGGCAACCGUAGACGAACGAUACAAUGGUAUAAGUUAUUUCCCGAACACACAGUGAGACCGUUGUAUUUUAUAUAAUUUUUGUUGAACUGCACGAUCCUUUUACGAAUUAGGAUCUCAAUAUUCUAAGAGUAUUAGAACAAGUAUCGCUGGCAUCUACAAGGUUAAUACUACCCCCGGAUAAUUGGAAUUACAAGAACGGAAAGUAUAUAGUAUAUAUUUUAUAUGCUACAACUUAAUAACAGUAUUUUCAAGUAGAUCAUUUUGCUACCGUUCACAAGAUUAAUUAGACAUCGUCUACAGAGUGUCGAGAUUGUAACGUACUGGUAAGGUGUUUUACGAGAAGGGAGUCUUGACCUUGUAAACGACAAUGCAUUUGAUCUUUACUUCGGAACCCGGUACGCGCUUGAAAAUUUAAUUCAAUAGUUUUGAAAUAUUGCCGUCAGUUCGAAAAGAUGUAGUAUAAUCUUUAUAAUAGAAACGUCAAUUUUGUCAACGAGCAAUUGCAGCACGUAUAAAUGCAUCAUUACAAUAAAUAUGAGUGUUUUGAGAUGAUCGAUUGAUGUCACAAAAAUCUAAAACGAUUAUUUAGUAAUAUCUUUUAAUGAUAACAUUGCAGAAAAUUUCUACAGUUUUUUGUCUAAAAUUAGUCUUCAUAUCUUCCUAUUUUUUUUGGUAAAGUCCUUUUGUUUAUUGUAAAACAUAACUGUCCGAACUGGAUUGCCUUUUCAAUAUUUUAAAUAGAAUUAUUUAAUUUUUUCCGUUGACGUGAUCCCAAAACAACCAUAAAAGUUUCGAAUCAUUUAAACUCUAGUUUUACAAUUUACAUAAUCAGUUCUACAAUUUUAGUGUCUAGCUUUGCAAUUUUUAAAAUUAGUUUUUAAAUAAAUGUAAAAGAAAUUGUUAAAAAGAAUUCUGAUGCAUUGAUCAGUAUUUUUGGAAAACCCGGUUGAGAAUUCUUAUUAAUUUUGCAUCGAUGUUAAAGAUUCUCAACGAUUAAAUCGAGAGAUUCCACGUGGACCAUCGGUGGUUCACAAAACAUCUCACACAACUAAUAAGACCAGCACAGAUAAAAAUUGAGAAUACUAUUCCAACGAAGUAUGUUACUUUUGUUUAAAAACUGGUAGUGACAUAAUUCCAUGAAACGUAUUUUCAUAACGAUUUCUUUCGUUAUUUCAGAAUAAACAUUUCUUUCGAAAACAGUACCUGAAUUGAAGACAAAAACUGCAAGUGCGUACUAACAAGUAUUUACCGGCGUAACGUGUUUCGCGCAAAAUGAAAUUCCAGGCAACAAGAAUUAAUCAAAAAACGACUUAUAAUAGUUAACUGUAAAAUAGUAAGUUUAAUUGUAAAUGGUACCAGUCACCCUUCUAAGAUAACGUUAGAAACUAAAUAUCGCUUUCGACCGGACUGUUCAUGCAGCACGAAACGCGUCAAGCAUACACGUUCGAAUAAGCACUUCUAAUCUUCGCUGAAUCUUUAAUUGCGUAGUGAAAAUGAACGAUUGUUGCAGUUAGCAACGAAAUAUUAUUUCUAUUAUAGGUACGAGAUAUGUUUGAAACGAACCGAAUGUUCCCCAUUGAUUAAUUUAAUUCGAGAGUUACGUUUUCCAUUAAGUUUCAUUUAAUGCUUUGUUCUUGCGUUCUCUUUGAACAAGCAACAUUAUUGUUACUCGACCACUGUUGUACUCUGUUCAUAGUAUAAAUAACUUUCAUGUCGAGUAUCCGACGAACAAACCGUACAUUUAAGUAAACCAACGUGCAAUAACCUUUUCAUGUGAACUUUUCACGAGAAAUCCUUGCUGUCCGAUCGGGGCAAGCAUCCAUGAAAUAUAAAAAUUAAAUAUGUUUCGCUGCUUCGUUGCAACACACAAUGACUUAACUCCGAAAUCAAAAAUACAAGGAUACAUAUUACUCGCGUAUCCAGGACUAAAGGAGUCACUGUCGAGACAGAUCAGCAAUUUGCAUCCUUGCAUCUAGCAAGUCGAGUUUACAUGAAAAAGUAUUAACCUAAUAAUUUGCGUGUAUUAAUGACGAAGCUGCACAAGUUCUAAAGCAUAAAAUUACCGCGGAGAUCAUUGAUACAACAAUCCGUGCAAACACUGGAGCAUAAUGAUAGCCGACUUAAACGUUUCGCGUAAUCCAUCGGACAGAUUUCAUUCGAAAAUCUUCGUCGUGCCUCGAAAUCGAUGGAGCCUCUCGUAUCGCUUGUCACGAAGAACUUAAUAUAGCCGUCGUUAAUUGGGUCAAAUCAAUUUUUUAUAACCUAAAUCCGCCGAGGUUUCAGUUGACCCGUGUGCUCGUUCGUUAACAAAAGUUUCAACUGUAUGUCGCAGAAAUGUAUUUCCAUCGAAGGUUAAAGAACGAGUUCGACAUGUACGCAUAUAUAUAUUGAUCACGCAAACGCCCAUCUGUUGAGCAUCGGCAAAAGAUGACACGAAUAUGCCGGCGACAUUAAUCGCGCAAUUAAUCGCGCGAGGCUUUUAACGACCAAUAAACCGAGACAGCAAUAAAAAAACUAGAACUUCGCCGGGCUGUUUCGUACGACGGAGCACGCAUGAAAUGUUGUCUUUGAUAUUAGUUAUCGAUUUACCGAAUACGUAAUGUGAUUUAAUGUACUCCGAUCUGUAGACAUAAGUCCGCAACAAAAAGCCCACACGUCGAUCGAAUGCUUAAUUUAACGCGACCUACGUCAGUUUUAAGAGUUUCCAAUUUAACAAUAAUAACGAACAAGAAACAUCAUUUUCUUGGCGUAUACAUACCAAGUAGCUUCAUUUCCAAUCAUUCAUUACGAAACAUAUCAUACCUAUAUAGUGUAAAUAAUUACCAUUUUUUAUUAUAUUAUAAAGAGUCCCCCUGUGUGUGCUACAAAAGUACGUGUAAACAAUAGGUGAAAAUGGUAACGGAAUCAUAUUUCGUUUCGUCAGAUUUGCAAGUAGCCGCGAUUGUUAAAUAAAUUAUUUUCGAUACCUUUUAGUCUUCGUAAGCGCUUGAACGAAUAUAUGUUACGCAAACAAGAUUAGUCACUUUUUGCACACGCGAUAUACAUACAUGCGUACAUACAUAAAUAUGCCAAACAUCCGUACGUUUGGAUCGGAAGAGUUCAAAACACUCUUUAAUUUCCUGAGAGAGUGAAUUAUUCGUCUGUUCGUUGUAUUGCUUAUAAACUCGACUCCGACAAGUGUGAUCGAAGUGAUUCAGACUAUUUCAGACACGAUCUAUUGCACGACCGUGCGUUGAGGAAACGGGAAAAAAUGUGUGACUAUGUGCGUCUGAAACGACGAAAAUAGGUGCUAUUCGAUAGUUAAAUGGGAACGAAAACAAAAAAUGUAUUUCGAUGAACAAAAGGCACGGGAAAAGCGUAUAGGUAGAUCUUUUAGGUAGAAAAUAUUUUACAUAUUGUAUACAUAGGACACACAGAUUGUACCGCGUAACAAUGUAUGCACAAUUAAAGUGCACCUAUUAAAGAGGACUUCUAAAUAACGUUUCUCGGUGGUUGUUAAUCAUUUGCGGACAAAUGUCGAUUUAUAAUCGUACACAUACGUUCAAUUAUAAUUCGAUGAAAUUCGAUGAAUUUUAACUUGUUUCGUACAGUUUUUAAAAAAUAUAAAAAUUGUAUUUCUAUAAUUAUUAUUCGAUUCAUUUAUUUACCGCUGUAAUUAAUAAGUCAGAUCAAAAUCGUAAGUAUCUUACAUUUACAGUAUUUAAAAGUAACAUGAAAUCGAAAUUCUAAUUUUGCCAUCCUGUAAUCUUCGAACAAUGCGAUAGUAACAUUGUAACACUACUGUGCAUGUAAGAGAAUUUAAUUACGAUCUUUCACCUGAGGAAUAAUUGAUGAAGUAAAAUGGAAAUCUAAUUAACAUCUGCAAAGGUGUUAAACAAAUAUGAAGAGAAUUUUACCAUAACAUUGGUAUGUCUUGAAAUUUAGACAAAAUCGAGAGUAAUCUUUCGUAUUAUAUAACGCAAUUUCAAACACACGCUCUCACAUAUAAUUUAAUUGGUUUAGAGAUACUCAUAACUUUCACAAUGUCAGGUUUUAAUGACGAAAGAUGUAAUAUGAGCAUCAUGACACGAUAUCUAUUAAUCAUUCAUGGCAGAAAAAGUACUUGAAUGAUUAUAUCGUGUUUCUUUUCUGUAAUAUUGUUAGUGAUUAUUCAACAUAGUAACUGAACAUUAAUGACAAAAAUUAAUUACGACAUCGCUUUCACUUUCCAAUCACCUGACGAAAUAUUAUACUUUAUUAAGUUCCGUAUUUCUUGUUCAAAUAAAAAUUCGGAGUUUCGAUCAUACUUUUCCGUGUCCAAUUAAUUGGCGAACUCGAUUUGCUAAUUAAAUCAGCUGAAAAUAGAUGAUAAUAAUUUCGAUAUUGAGACGCGAACGAUUGAGAACAAAAAUCUCAUGAAUAUUUUGAAUAUUAUUCGUGAACUUUCGUAUCGAGUUCGCAAAUAUCAUGGAAACAAACACCGAGAAAGUCGAUUGUUAUUAAACAGACUACGAUUUGCUCGAUUGCGAUGAUAAUAACAGAUGGACACCUCCGACAUUUGUACCAGACGAGGUUUUGUAACGGAAUUGUAUACUAUUAACGCGCGUAUAAAAAUAGAUGAUACGUACAUUCGAUGUCCGAAUAUAGUUCCCGAUUUGCAGUUAACAAGUUGCCGUGUAAUAUCGUUGUUCUCCGGAGAUUCAUAGUAGAUUUGAUCAAAAAAAAAAGAAAAGAUAUCCUGUAUAAUGCAAAAGAUAGGUGGACGUGUUAAACAACUCAGCAUACCGUGAGCCUUGCAAUCUCAAUGAAUUUAAUCACUCAAUUAUCCAGAGGAUGUAAAGAUUGUUUUGUACUGAAAAUUCAUUCAUUAUGUGUACUGAUAUUUUAUAAGAGAUCUAUCGUUUUUUACUAUAAAAAUAUAAGUUUGGUAAUAACUGAAUUACCCAGUGAUAGCAGUCCCUGGAUAAGUUUAACAUUCAUUACUUACUUAAAAAACGUAGAAAUAGAUAACUGUAUAAAAUUUAUAAAAAAGAGCGAAUAAGAAUGACUCUCUGUAUUAUACUAUUAGUUGGACUCAUAAUGAGUAUAACAUCCAAGAGGAAGACCUCAUUCGUCACACACUAAUAUCUUGAAUAUUUAAUUUUCAUCAUCAAAAACUGAAAAAUGCUCUUUAUUACAAAUUAUAUGACAAAUACAUUUUUAAUUCCUCGAAUCUACGAUUCAGUACUCCAUCCAUCUGGAAAGAAAAGUGAAAAGCUAAGGCAAUGGUCAUUUUCUAAUAACGUAAGGGAUACAAAUGUUUCUCGUAAAAAAUGUCGAGAUCUGUGAAAAACAAGUUAUUUAGGCGUCCAUUGUGCAACUGAACGGAUCUCAUUAAUAAAAAGAUAAUAAUAUGCCUUGUAUAUUUUUAUUCAAACUAAUUAUACUUAAGAAGCAUUUAGAUAGACUGACAAGAGACUGCUCGACAUCGUGUUCACUGCGAUCGUGGUUCAAAAUAUUAAUUAUUAUCACUACCCUCACUACCAAGUAACACGUGGAAUGUAUAGAUUUGUACUUGUUUGUUUAUUUAUUGUUAGGUAGCGAACACAAAAAAAAAGAAUGAAAAUGAAGCCACGAAUAAAAGAGUCGUGGCACGAGGAGGAUCGCAACUUUUAGAUCAUCCUUGACUGUUUAGCCUUUAGAUUUUAUUAGCUACAUAAGAACGACUAAAGCAUUAUUUUGUUGAUAUAUAUAUUGUAUGACAUUAUUGAUUAUAAAUCAUGAAUAAUCUGUAAAUAUAUGAGACCAACGCAA